GGGGGCUCCAUUAUUAUCUUUCGUUAUAGAGAGUUUUCUCUAUAUAAGGAGAAUGAAUCAAUUUAAGGAUUAGAAGAUAAACCAAAAAACUCAAGCAAUGAUUACGAUGUAAGGAGAUUUUCGUUUUACAAAAAUUCAUUGAAAUGAGUUUACACUGAAAUUAUAAUUUAUUUUCCAGAUGUCAAAAUGAGAAAGUCACAAUACCACCCAAUCUGCCUCGAGGACUUACAGGCAGACUGUCUAAUUAUUGCCUUCAUUGUUUCGGUAUGUAGAAAAUAUUGUGCAAAAGAGUAUUACUUAAAUGCAGUACUACACUAGCUUUUGAGGCCCAAUUGUACUGCAUCUUUAAGAAGUAAGAAUUUGCAGAAGUUGGUUCAGGAUUUAAAACCUAUGUUUUAAAACCACAAUAUGUUUGAUUAUUUCGUGAUUCCAGGCGCGUCAACAGUUUUAUUCAUUAGUCCCGUAAGAUUAGUGCACGUUCCGCCCCUCGGGAGGUGGAGAUCACCGCCAUCUCUCGGGAUAAAACGUGCACUACACUUACGGAACUAUUUACCUUAGUAGUUGACGUGCCCAAAAUCACUAACCAAUGAAAUGAAUAGGACUGUAGUGGCAUGCAAAGAACACCACGUAUAAUAGUUAUCCUAUUUUCUUUUCAGAUGUCCUGUCUGCUGGUGAUCAUACUCUCAUCUUACCCACUACUCGUGGGACCAGAUUUUAUCACUGGGGCUCAGAAGAUUCAAACGAGUUUUGAGAAAUACGGCGGAAAAAUAGCUGGGGACAUCUACCUGACUCUCGUGGUGAACAACUACCGGAAACUCAUCGCCCCAGAGAAAACAAUUUACCGCAUUGCGAGUCAAAAAAUGGGUUUGCUGCCGAUUUCGCCGCCUCUUCACUUCUAGACUGGUCGUUUGGUCAAGCAGCACUCAAAUAUGUGAACAUUAGGGAGCUCCGAACAUUCGGCAUUCGUCGAAUAGCGAGCUUCUGCUCGCCCAAUCGCGAGUAGCCGAAAUGCUCGGCGAAUGUUUGCUUUCUUUGUUGCGCCUAACAGAUCGACGUGCUACGAGUAGGGCGAGCACGAAUGUUCGUCGCUCGGCAAAUAGCCGACAACUCAUCCAGCCUACUUGGUAUUCGGCGAGCGGUUACUCGCUUCCCGCCGAAUACCGAAUGUGCCUAGAACAUAGGAAUAGGAAAAGAGGAAUAAGGAAAAGGUCGAUUGUUUGGCGCUCGGCUAAUAGCAAGCAACUCAUCGAUACUGCUCGGGAUUCGGCAAGCGGUUGUCGCUACUCGCCGAACACCGAAUGUGUAGAGCCGCCUUACGGCGAGUACCGAAUGUUUGGCGCACGGCAAAUAGCAAGCAAUCCAUCCACACAACUCAGGAUUCAGCGAGUAGUUACUCGCUACUCGCUAAACACUGAGCCGCGUUAAUGCGAACACCGAUUGUUUGGCGCUCGGCGAAGAGCAAACAAUCCAUCCAUACCCCUCGGAUUCGGAGAGCGGUCGCUCGCUAUUCGUCGAAUGUUUUGAGUCAUCUUUACAAGAGAUUAAUUUCCGUGGAGGGGAAGUUCGUUAGGCAAUGAUAAAACUUUCGUUAUUUUAAUUCAAUCUUUCGGACGGAAUGAAUCAAUAGCUAGAAGAAAGUAAUUUCAUGUUUUUAUUUCAGUCAUUUUUGUCUUUUUUUUCUUCUCACCUCCUUUAUGAUGACAAGAAUUUAUACAAUUAUUCAUUAAAUUUAAAAACACAAAAAUUCUAUACAUGAGAGGAAUUUGAAGAUAAAUUUUCUAUAACUUUUCAGUAUAUCAAAAAUAAACUGAAACUAGCAUUCUGUACAUAAAAAGAAAAGACACGUAAAAUUCACGUACAGUUAAAAUAUUUAGAUCUUGAAAGAACACAUACUGUUAAAACAUAUACUGAUGAAGGUCUUCUCAAUGCCACGCAGCUGCGUUUUGUACGAAUUUGAUAUCUGAACCCUUUGCAAUUUGAUACAACAUUCCAACGGGUCAAAAUGUUUCGUCUCACAUAACACAUUGUAGAGUUUUACAUUUCCUCAUUGCGUAGGAAGAAGGUCGGCGUCGUGUUGUAAAUUUCGAAAUGCGUCAGGGCAAAUCAACUCGUCCAUAAAAGUACUCUGGCAUAAAAGAGCAUUUCAAAUUAUGCAUUCCACAAACUCAAGGUUGUUUGACAUAAAUGGCGUAGACAGUGAAGGAUCAGAGCUUCGCUACCAUCAAGGAAUAGCGAGAGAUUGGCAGUUCAAAUAUUUUGACGAGUGUAGGCUAUACCUCCCAACAUUUCAAAAUCAUAAGAAUUCACAUAUCCCCAUUUCUCAAACUUUACCCGAAAUGUAUUACUUGUGGUAAUAACUAAUGGUGUUUCACAGCAACGACACUACAUUAACAAUCAACCGUGCAAUGCUCUGUUACAUCUAACGUAAUUCAUGUUGUCGAAAUCAUUUGUACAUAAGCAUUUCAUAAAUGUACAUUUUGGCAAUAAAUAUUUUGAUAAUUA